UUGGAGGCAAACGUCAAAACGCUUCGACCUUUCUUUGGUCUAGGCAUUAUUGAACGUUACCAAAUUUGGUACGUUAACGAUCCAGAGAAGUUCCGAAUAACACUCGUCCAAAAAAACUUGCAGACACGGGGAAAGACGAAUUGCCAACAAAUACAGCGAAUAAUUCCAGGAGCUAUCAAAGACUGUCAAUUUCCAGGUCUGACUACACUGGACUUAACACUGUCCUUAGAAGGCCUUCAGCAACAAUGUGCAAUAACCAAGGUGAAAAAAAACAGAUUAGUGAUUCGAGAAUCUUCUCAAUGUCAAGUAUAUACUCAAUGGUGGUUGUUGUUUACUUCCCGUGAUCACGGCGAUACUUUGCGGAAUAUAUCAGAAUCGCAGAAUAAUCAAACCCCACACGAAGUGGAAUUCGCUGAACCCGCACGGCAAACAAUCUGCAGUACACAUCUGUAUAUUCAUCCACAUGUUGAUCAUGCCUACAAAUCCAAAUCACUAGCUAUACAGCGCCAACUAAUCGGGAUAUCUGUGAAAUAAUGAGAGUCUGCUGACAGUUGCAUUUCGAAUCUCAGUGACUAAUUUGAUGGUGAUAUUCUGCUCCUCCAAGCUUCACUCAUCAAUUUGAAAGGUUCAGUUCGCAGUCAUUCUGGUUCCUGACCGAAAUGAAUUAAAAGAUCCACCGAUUGCUGAUUCCUUAAUGCUUAUUUGCACGUUAAGCUGCACACUCACUUCUGUGGUGAGCCUGUUGCAGAAUACAUUGCUGAAAACAUUAUUGUCGAUGAACUAACUGGCGUUUUACAGGCCAUUUGUAUUCUUUUGUAAACAGACCACUGUACCGACCACAUGUGAGGCAGCCUUCGGUUGUUACGCGCGUUUUCGACAAACUCGAACAAUAAUGUUGCCUGGGAUUAUAUCAUGCGGUCGGAACACCUUAGAGGACAUAGCAGGAGAGUUCAAAAGCCAAGAAGAAAUCAUAUUGCUGUUGAGUGCUGGUUCUCACAUCGAGUCAUAAACUCUUGGAAUCGACUCCCAGACGAAGUAGUGUCUGCAACCUCAACUGAUUCGUUCAAGAAGGGUUUGGACAACCACAGAAAUUUGCUAGAAAAGGAUUAACAUAGGCUGUGCAAGCCUUCUAUCCUCAACC